ACAUUUGUGGCCUUUCAAUUUCCAAUUUGUGUCAUUAUUGACAGCAUACUCUCUCAGCCACAGUUAUCCAACCAUUAUAUAGCCAACACAACAUGCUCUUCAAUGCCAAUGUAGCAUCCCAACAACCCAUUUAUUAGGUUCUUGUCUUCUCCAUCAAAUUAAUUUGGAUUAGUUACUGUGUUGGACUUGGAUGCUGCUGCAAUUGAUUCAGUCAUCAUGAGACUCUCCCUUGCAUUGUUCAUCUUUUUGGCCUCUCUUCAAGUUACUCUAAGUAAAGAUGUUGAACAUGGUUUGAUACUAGUAAAUGGAGCUCAAGCAAAAGCUGAAAUAGGUGAUAACUUCAUUUGCGCAACGAUUGAUUGGUGGCCUCCUGAAUUAUGCAACUUCGGCGUUUGUUCUUGGGGACAUUCAUCUAUUGUCAAUUUGGACUUAUCUCAUCCUCUCCUUGCCAAAGCAAUCCAAGCCCUCAAACCUUUGAGGAUAAGACUUGGAGGUUCUCUGCAAGACCAGGUGGUGUAUAACGUAGGAAACUUGAAGUCUCCUGGUCAUCCAUUUCAAAAGGUGAAAGGUGGAUUUUUAGGAUUUUCAGAGGGAUCUUUACACAUGCAAAGGUGGGAUGAGCUGAAUCAUUUUUUCAACAAGACAGGGGCCAUUGUGAUGUUUGGGUUGAAUGCGCUCAGUGGGAGGCACAAGAUUAGUAACACUAGUAAUGUUUGGGAAGGAGCCUGGGACCCUACAAAUGCUUAUGAUUUUAUAAAGUACACUGUUUCAAAGGGAUACAAGAUUGAUGCAUGGGAAUUUGGUAAUGAGUUGAGUGGUACAGGCGUUGGUGCAUCAGUUGGCGUUGCACAGUAUGGGAAAGACGUGAUAAACCUUAAACGAAUUCUAGAUGAGUUAUACAAGAACUCGAGGUUCAAACCCUUACUUGUAGCACCUGAUGGAAGUUAUGAUAAGGAAUGGUACAAUAAGCUUCUUCAGCUUUCUGGUCCAGGCGUAAUCAAUGUUCUGACUCAUCAUUUAUAUAACAUAGGCCGAGCUAAUGACACGCAUCUUAUAGAGAGAAUUUUAGAUCCUGAUCACUUGAGCGAAGUGGAAACAACCUUCAGAAAUCUUUCAGAAACCAUUCAAAAACAUGGUCCUUGGGCUUCUGCAUGGGUAGGAGAAUCUGGCGGGAUAUCUAGGAGUGGCAGUCGUGAUGUAUCUAACACAUUUGUGAAUAGCUUUUGGUACUUAGAUCAACUUGGAAUGGCAUCCACCUACAAUACUAAAGUUUAUUGUAGGCAGUCAUUAAUUGGAGGGAACUAUGGUCUUCUCAAUACCUCCACUCUCGCUCCUAAUCCUGACUACUACAGUGCGCUGUUGUGGUAUCGGCUAAUGGGAAAGAAGGUUCUUGGUGUUAGGAGUAAUAUUUCUUCGCCAUUUUUACGCACUUACUCCCAUUGUUCAAAAGACAGUGCUGGUGUAACAUUACUGUUGAUCAACUUAAGCAAUCAAACUGAGUUCAUACUCAAUGUGAAAAACCAUGUAACUGUUAAAGCAAAUGAAGUGGCCAAAUUCAGGGAAGAGUAUCACUUAACUCCAAAAGAUAAUAAUCUCAGAAGCCAAACCAUGGUGCUGAAUGGCAUUCCACUUAAGUUAACAAAUAAAGGGGAUAUUCCAGCAAUGGAUCCAGUGCAAAAUAAUGUGAAAUCUCCAAUAUACAUAGAUCCUUUGUCCAUUGCAUUUAUUGUGUACCCAAACUUUGAUGCUCCAGCUUGUGCCAGGCACUCAAAACUAUAAAGCUUGUAAACUAGGCCUUAAAAAUAUGGAAUUACUAGCUCUUGGUAAUUGUGACUAGUGAGCAAGUUAACCCACUUGGGUUGGCUUGGUGGUGUUGCCUUGGGACCUUGAAGGGUGAUCCUCUUAAGGUUUCAGGUUCGAUUCUCCUCAGUGCCAAUUUCAGUAGGCUAGGGUUGGCUUGGUGGUGUAGUGUUGGGACCUUGAAGUGUGCUCAUCUCAAGAUCUCAUAUUCGAUUCUCCCAAUGUCAAUUCUGGCAGGCUAGUUUGGCUUCUUCAGAAAAAAUAGUGAGCAAGUUAUAUACGGCCAUUACAAUAAUUUUAAUUUUGAAGAAGCAUAAAAUUUUAUCAACUUAUGAAUAUAUUUGUUGGUUUACAUUUUA